GCCACUUGUAUUUCACGUGUCCACGGUGCGUAGUCAAACCUUUGAUACCUGGCACACAAAACACUAACAGGAAAAGCCUUCCGUGUGCUCUAAAACAGCCUUCUAUUUGAAAGCGGUAUGCAUUUUUGGAAAAAUCUCUUGACUAUCCAAUAGCGCUUAUGAAACAAAGCUCCGCGGCCGCGUUUCUGCCGUUCCGGAGAGCGAUCCGGGGCGCGGGGAUCACGCCCGCUGCGAAUCGCGCCCCGCGCGGGGACGCCUACGGGCAAAGCCCUGGGGGCAGGAAGCCUUUUUUUUUUUUUUUUUUUUUUUUUAAUCGAUCCCGGGACCUCCGCUCGGGCGGCCGCGGGGCGUGCGGAGGGGCGGCCCGGGCCCGAACCAGCCCGGCUGCGGGGCGGGCGCCGCCCGAGGAGGCAGGGCGCGCGCGGGGGCGCGCCGGGCCGGGGAGGCGCGCUCCGGCCGCGCUCGCUCCGCGCUCCCCGCGCUGCCCGCGCUCGUGCGCUCGCCCGCUCCCUCCCCCUCGGCAGCCGCGGCGGCAGAGAAGGCGGCGGCGGCGGCGGCUGGGGAGCAGACAUGGCGGCGGACCUGAACCUGGAGUGGAUCUGCUCCCUGCCCCGGUCCUGGACUUACGGGAUCACCAGGGGCGGCCGCGUCUUCUUCAUCAACGAGGAGGCGAAGAGCACCACCUGGCUGCACCCCGUCACCGGCGAGGCCGUGGUCACCGGGCACCGGCGGCAGAGCGCAGAUUUGCCAACUGGCUGGGAAGAAGCAUAUACCUUUGAAGGUGCAAGAUACUAUAUAAACCAUAAUGAGAGGAAAGUGACCUGUAAACAUCCAGUCACAGGGCAGCCAUCACAGGACAAUUGUAUUUUUGUAGUAAAUGAACAGACUGUUGGAACCAUGACAUCUGAAGAAAAGAAGGAACGACCGAUAAGUAUGAUAAAUGAAGCAUCUAACUAUAACAUGACUGCAGAUUAUGCAGUGCAUCCAAUGAGCCCUGUAGGCAGAACUUCACGGGCUUCAAAAAAAGUCCAUAACUUUGGAAAGAGAUCAAAUUCAAUUAAGAGGAAUCCUAAUGCGCCUGUGGUCAGGCGAGGUUGGCUUUAUAAACAGGACAGUACUGGCAUGAAGCUCUGGAAAAAACGCUGGUUCGUGCUUUCUGACCUUUGCCUCUUUUAUUACAGAGAUGAGAAAGAAGAGGGUAUCCUGGGAAGCAUACUGUUACCUAGUUUCCAGAUAGCUAUGCUUACCUCCGAGGAUCACAUUAAUCGGAAAUAUGCUUUUAAGGCAGCCCAUCCGAACAUGCGGACCUAUUAUUUCUGCACAGAUACGGGAAAGGAAAUGGAGUUGUGGAUGAAAGCCAUGUUAGAUGCUGCCCUGGUACAGACAGAACCCGUGAGAAGAAUGGACAAGAUUACAUCUGAAAAUGCACCAACUAAAGAAAUAAAUAACUUUCCCAACCAUAGAGUGCUGAUUAAACCAGAGACCCAAAAUAACCAGAAAAACAAGGAAAUGAGCAAAAAUGAAGAUAAAAGGGCAUUAGAAGCUGAAAAAUACGGAUUUCAGAAGGAUGGUCAAGAUAGACCUUUAACAAAAAUUAAUAGCGUGAAGUUGAAUUCUCUGCCAUCUGAAUAUGAGAGCGGGUCAACAUGCCCGGCUCAGGCUGGACACUACAGGCCAGUCAGUGUAAAUAGCUCAGAAAACAAAACAGUCAAUGUCAGCCUGGCAGAUCUUAGAAGUGGAAAUCACCCAAAUGCAGGGCCCUUACACCCAGAGGCUGAUCGGGUCAUACAGAGAACAAAUUCAAUGCAACAGCUGGAGCAGUGGAUUAAAAUCCAGAAGGGGAGGGGUCACGAAGCGGAAACCAGGGGAGUAAUCUCUUACCAAACAUUACCAAGAAAUAUGCCAAGCCACAGAACCCAGAUCGUGGCCCGCUAUCCUGAAGGUUACAGAACACUACCAAGAAACAGUAAGACCAGGCCCGAAAGCAUCUGCAGCGGAGCCCCUUCCUCUCAUGGCAAAACAGUAGGGCCCGGAGCAGAAGAGAAGCGGAGGUCCAUGAGAGAUGACACCAUGUGGCAGCUCUACGAGUGGCAGCAGCGUCAGUUUUAUAAUAAGCAGAGCACCCUCCCUCGUCACGGUACUUUGACCAGCCCUAAAACCAUGGUUAAUAUUUCUGACCAGACAAUGCACUCUAUUCCCACAUCGCCUUCGCAUGGGUCAAUAGCUGCUUAUCAGGGAUACUCCCCUCAGCGAACCUACAGAUCAGAAGUGUCUUCACCGAUUCAGAGAGGAGAUGUGACGAUAGACCGCAGGCACAGGGCCCAUCACCCUAAGCAUGUCUAUGUGCCUGACAGGAGGUCAAUGCCAGCUGGCCUGACUUUACAGUCUAUUAGUCCCCAGAGCCUCCAAAGCAAAACGCCAGAGGAGCUUACGCUGCUGCUAAUAAAGCUGCGACGGCAGCAGGCUGAACUGAGUAGUGUCCGGGAGCACACGUUAGCACAGCUCAUGCAGCUAAAGCUCGAGGCCCACAGCCCAAAGAAUGAAAUUCUUUCACAUCAUCUUCAAAGGAACACCAUAUAUUUGGAUCAUCAGAUGAAAGAAAAUGAACCUAUUAUCAGCAUGGUUCACACAAUGAUUGAGAACUCGGCGCUAAGACCCCAACUGUACCAGCAAUUCUUAAGACAGAAGAACAAGAUAAGUCUAUAUUGUCUGUCACAAGAUGAAUGUAGAGGUACAUUAUACAAAUACAGACCUGAAGAAGUAGAUAUUGAUGCCAAGUUAAGCCGAUUAUGUGAACAAGAUAAAGUGGUACAUGCUCUGGAAGAGAAACUUCAGCAACUCCACAAGGAGAAGUACACGCUUGAGCAAGCUUUGCUGUCAGCCAGCCAGGAGAUAGAAAUGAAUGCAGAUAACCCAGCAGCCAUUCAGACCGUGGUGUUGCAGAGGGACGAUUUACAGAACGGACUGCUCAGUACAUGCAGGGAACUCUCUCGAGCCACUGCUGAACUGGAACGAGCAUGGAGAGACUAUGACAAGUUAGAAUACGAUGUAACUGUUACCAGGAACCAGAUGCAAGAGCAGCUAGAUCGCCUUGGUGAAGUUCAGACUGAAUCAGCAGGAAUUCAGCGUGCGCAGAUUCAGAAAGAACUCUGGAGAAUUCAGGAUGUCAUGGAAGGGCUGAGUCAACAUAAACAGCAAAGAGGCACUACAGAAACAGGUAUGGCAGGAUCAAAACCUUUCUCAACAGUUAAGUACAAAAAUGAGGAAGAGGAAGUAGUCCCACCUCGUCCUCCACUUCCUCGGUCCUAUGACUUUACAGAGCAACCUCCCAUUAUCCCCCCUCUGCCCAGUGAUAGCAGCUCCUUGCUCUGUUAUAGCAGGGGCCCUGUCCAUCUGCCUGAAGAAAAGAAGAUUCAUCAAGUUCAAGGAUAUCCAAGAAAUGGAUCUCACUGUGGUCCAGAUUAUAGACUGUACAAGAGUGAACCAGAGUUAACAACAGUGGCAGAAGUUGAUGAAUCUAAUGGAGAAGAAAAAUCAGAACCUGUUUCAGAAAUGGAAACUUCAGUUAAAGGUUCCCACUUCCCUGUUGGAGCGGUCCCUCCACGGACCAAAUCGCCAACACCUGAGUCUGCGACAAUAGCCUCUUAUGUAACCUUGAGGAAAACUAAGAAGAUGAUGGAUUCAAGAACGGAAAGACCAAGAAGUGCAGUGGAACAGCUCUGUCUGGCUGAGAGUACUAGACCAAGGAUGACUGUGGAGGAACAAAUGGAAAGAAUAAGGAGACAUCAACAAGCAUGCUUACGGGAAAAGAAAAAAGGACUAAAUAUUAUUGGUGCUUUAGACCAGUCACCCUUACAGAGUCCUUCAAAUUUGAGGGAUAAUCCAUUCAGGGUCACCCAGCCUCAAAGGAGGGAUGAUACCAUUAAGGAACUGGACACUGUCAUUAGAGAAAAUGAAGUAAAACCAAACCAUGAAACCCCCACAGCAGAAAUUGGUCGACUAAAAGAAGCUGAACCUCAGAAUAUGGAUUCCAGCAAAGAGUGUACAAAAGAAAAUGAAAACGUUUUUCAUAAAACACUUUCCAAACCUGAACCAAAUGGAGUAAACUCUAAGGAAGUGAUGGAUAAAGAAAGAAACACAGAGGAAACGCCUGAGGAGAUUUCAAACAGCACCCAAGAAGAGGCACAGAUUACAAAUCAUAAAGCAGAAGACGACCCUGAAGAAAAUACAAAGGAUGAUAUUCAUGUGCAAGAAGAAACAGUUAUUUCUUAUGAACUAACUCCUGAGGCUUCUAGAGAAAAUCAAACAAUGGCAGUGAAAAGUCUGUCCCCAUCUCCUGAGUCCUCGUCCUCUCCAGUACCGUCCAUUCAGCCGCAGCUCACGGAAGGAUCCCAUUUCAUGUGUGUGUAGUCUCAAAAAAACUCUACUGACUUCUGUAGAAACCAUUCAAAGCUAAGGACAUGGACCUUUGGCAAUGUGAGAAGAUAUUGUAUAGUAUAUUUUAAAUCUAUGAAAUUCAUAGUUCUGAUGCUUUUGGCCACAGAGCAUCAUUUUAUCACUUCUGGAAAAUGUUUAUUCCAAAACAGCUUUAAUGGCCCAUAUGUACACUCCAUAAUCUCAAGGUUAUUAUUCUGACACCAGCUUGCUGCUAUGAUUUCAGAGCACAUAAGUAAAGGUGCUUUUUAAUGUGCAGUCUACAGCCAGAGCUUACUUAGUUGCUGAUUUCCAGAUUUUGAUAUUUCUAAAGUCUAGGUGGAUUUACAUUUCUUUUUGCUUCCCAGUAUAUAAAUUUAGUUAAUCUUUCCAAUGAAGCUUGUUUUCUUUCUUUUUUCUUCUGUCCAUUUGGCUACUGCGACACUUAGUUUCACACUUGAUUUGUAAAAAUUUUAUAUGUAUAUAUAUAUUUAAAAUGUGCCAUUUUAUUAUUGCUAAGUGAAGUCUGUCCUGUUUCCUGCUAUAAUUAUUUCUCAAGAUUGCAACAUCAGCAGUACUGCCAUGCUCUCGUCAGCUUCAACACAAAUGUCAUCGCUUACUUUUUCUUAAAAAAAUAAAACAGUUUAAAAUGUAGGUAUUUUGAAGUACUGGGCUCAUACUUCACUGGAAUAGAUGUGUACAGCAAUAAGCAGGUUUUCAAAUCCAGUACUUAGUUUGUGUACAAAUGUAAUUAUGUUCAUUGUGUAUAUAUUAUACAAUGAGCACAUGUAAUGUAAGUAUUAAAGGCCACUUACUAUUGUUUAAAUGCAAAUGUUCAUAUCCCAUUUCUUUUUUAUCAUGUUAAAUAAAUGUUGAUGUUCUUAAA